AUAUAUAUUUUUGACAGUAGUGCACAUGCUCAAUGAACGUGAAAAAUCAAAACAAAGUGCUAUUAAGAGAGAUUUUUACUAUUUUUAUAUACUUUUCCUAUGAAAAACAUGUCUGCAUUGCUAAAUUCUUCAAAUAAUGUGACAAGUGCAAUGGAUUUUGACAAAUUGUGUCGCUCUUGUAUGGGGCAAAAGGUGGAAAUGAAGACAAUCUUUGGGUCCUGCCUCGAUGAUAUGCUGCGGACAGUGUCCUGCGUGGAAGUUGAAAGAGGUGAUGGCCUUCCGGACAAGAUGUGCAUACAAUGUGUACUACAGGUCAGUAGGGCUUUCACCUUCAAGCAACAGUGUCAAAAGGCUGAUGCCACAUUCCGGCUGUAUUUGACAAAACAAGUUCCGGAAGAAUGUCCGGAAAGCCCCAAAAAUACUCAGGAAGAAGUUCCUGAGGAACUUCCAGCAGAAGUACCCCAAGUAAUUGAAUGUCUGCAAAAAGACAAUCUUCCGGAAAUUCCGGAAGACAAUUCACAAUCCCAGGAAGUCAUUGCGGAGGAGAGUGUCUACUUCGAUGACACUUUGGGCACUUCUGAAGACAUUCCCUUUGAGAAUCUUCAAAUUCAGGACACUGGGAUUGAAUUAUCCAAAGUUGAAAUUCUUCCAGAAGUUUGUUGCUCCCCUUGUGAUGAUGUUCUGGCCACGGUGAAGGACUUAAAAGUCUACGAAACGAAGAUUUAUCAUCCUUGCAAUAUCUGUGGAUCUACAUUUGCCUCUCCGGAAGAGCUGUGCGUGCAUUCGGAGGAGGUUCACCGGGAAGUCCAGGUGACAGGUGUUCAGGAACCGGAGAAUCACUUUGAGUGUCGAGAAUGUCAUAAAAAAUUCGCAGAUAGCAAAAUUCUUCGACGUCAUAGCAAGACUCAUCUGAUUGUCAAGCCCCAUGUCUGUUUGACUUGUGGGAAGACCUUUGCUGAGAGCUGCAACCUGACCAAGCAUAAGAAAAAGCAUACUGGGGAGCUGAGGAAUGUUGUGGGGAAGCCAAAUUUGUGUUCGGUUUGUGGAAAGAGAUUCAAGUGGGCCAGUUCACUGUCUAAACACAUGAAGCAUCAUACGAAACAUAAGAUCCUGACAUGUCCCUACUGUCCCAAGUACUACGUCGAAGCUAGGUCCCUGAGUAUCCAUCUCCGGACCCAUACGGGAGAGAGGCCAUUUGUCUGUGAAGUCUGCAAUAAAAGUUUCACGCAGAUGUGCAAUCUUACGAAGCACAUGAGGGUCCACACGGGAGAGAGACCGUUCAUGUGUCCGAUUUGUGGACGGGGCUUCAAGCAAAGCGGCUACGUGGGGAUCCAUCUGAGGACGCACACAGGAGAGAAACCGUACGUUUGCUCGGACUGCGGUAGAUCAUUCGCCGGAUCCAAUACUCUGGCCAUCCAUCGAAGGAGCCAUACUGGAGAACGACCCUAUGCUUGCUCGAUUUGUCCAAAACGCUUCGCCAGACAGGAAACCGCAGUCAUCCAUCAGAGGAUCCACACUGGAGAGAAACCACACGUCUGCCAACUCUGCGGAAGAGGAUUCAACAGUUCGGGACAUCUCUAUGGACAUAUGAGAUCUCACAACUCCAACAAACCCUACGAAUGCGACGUCUGCAAGAAGAGAUUCAAGAGCAGCAGCAGCCUGAACGUCCACAUCAGAAGCCAUACGGGAGAAAAGCCCUAUUCUUGUAAUGUUUGCAAGAAGAGUUUUUCACAGCAAUCAACUUUGUCUACUCAUCAACUCACUCAUCUUAAUACAGGAACUUUUAUCGUUACGGAGAAUCAAAUUCUAGAACCCAAGCCAGAUGAAAAUACUGUUCUAAGGGAAUAAAAAGGGUUAAAAGCUUCCAAGAGCUCUUGAAAGUAAAAUAAAAUUCUCAAGUAUUGUGAAUUAAUUGGGAUUAAUAAAGUUUUAUUGAAAUUUUUA